GUCAACAACAAUAACAACAACAGCAAAUACAUAUUUAACAACGCAUGAAGUCUUCAAAGAAACUAGUAUUACAGAGGCAUGUUUCAGUCAAUUUGCCCUCUCCAUAUCGAACUAAAAAAUCCGGAAAAAUUAACCGAGAAAGAAUUUAUUCCUCGAAGUGGUCAUAGAAUUGUUGUAGAUGAGAAAAACGUGUACAGUUGGGGAGGAUAUAACUAUGAUCCUGACUUAUGGGACUUGGAUGAUGAAGAUCAUACAUACCCAUUGCUCAAAGAGUUGUGGAGGUAUCAAAUUUGGACUGGAGAGUGGAAGUUGUUGAAGACACAUGGAGACAUACCAACACAGUUGGCAUCCCACCAUCUUGUAAAAGUCAAGAACCAUUUGUUACAGUUUGGUGGAACAGGCGUCCCAUUCGGGAGUGCCAAUACAAACUGUUUGUAUGACCUUGACCUUGACACAUUAGAAUGGAAAGUGCUUUUAAAACCAAAAAGUCCAGCAAAUGAUAAUGAUAAUGAUGAUGAUGAUGAUGAAGAUGGCGAUGAAGAAGAAGACAACGGUGUUCCAAGACCUAAAUAUGGACAUUCACUGACACUGGUGGACAAUUGUUUAUAUGUUAUUGGCGGGACGUGUGGAUAUGUAUAUGAUAGCAACAUACACAAACUUGAUCUGAAAUUACUAACAUGGGAGGAGAUACCAGCAAAUUCAAAGUAUAUUCCACAACCAAGAUAUCGACAUGAAGUUAUUUAUUAUAAAGAGAAGUUACUCAUGUUUGGUGGUGGAGCAGGUGUCAAUUAUUCUGCAUUUAAUCUCGAUAAGAUUGAUGUUUUUGACCUGGAUAAACAAACUUGGGAAAAAGUCAUGACAUUUCCAAGUGAACAAAAAUUAGGCCAGGGAGAUUCGAAAAAAGUUUUCCCAGGCUGUAGAAGAUGUCACAGUUGUGUGAGAUUUAAAGAUGAUGUGUUUGUAUCAAGCGGGCUUUCACCAGAUGGUAUUCUAGAAGAUAUGUGGAGAUUUCAUCUUCCUUCAUAUCAGUGGACGGCUUUAGAAGUGCCUUUACCUAAACCCGUCUAUUUUCAUUCUGCUGCAGUUACAAACGAUGGGUGUAUGUUUAUAUUUGGAGGAGUGACCAGAAUUGAUGAUCAGAGAACCAAUGCCUUACAGAUCAUGUGGGUUCAGAUACCACCACUGAAACUCUUGGCCUUUAACACUGUGGUGAAGAGUUUAAAUCUUGAAAUCUGUAAACAGGACUACCAGACUUUAAUAGCUCUCGGAAUACCAAGACACUGUCUGGAUUUAAUCUUGUGAUGAUAGUUGAUAGGGUACACAAAAAAAACAUUUUCCCCAAUUUUAUGUAAAAAAAAGUCCCAAGUGUAACUAUGCAGUAUGGGGUUGAUACUCUAGCCAAUAAUUAACAAGUGUUUUUAGCUCGACUAUUCGAUAAGAAUAAGUAGAGCUAUUGCAGUCACCCGAGCGUCGGCAUCGGCGUAACCACUUAUGUUAAAGUUUUUGUAAUAGUUCAAAUAUUUUCAAAGUCCAUUGACAUAUGGCUUUGAAACUUUGCACACUUGUUCAACAUCAUGACCCCAACCUGUAACCAGGAGGAGGUAACUCUAUCAAGCAUUUUGACAGAAUUAUGCCCCUUUUUCGACUUAGAAUUUACGUUAAAGUUUUUGUAAUAGUUCAAAUAUUUUCAAAGUCCAUUGACAUAUGGCUUUGAAACUUUGCACACUUGUUCACCAUCAUAACCCCAACCUGGAAACAGGUGGAGGUAACUCUAUCAAGCAUUUUGACAGAAUUAUGCCCCUUUUUCGACUUAGAAUUUACGUUUAAGUUUUUGUAAUAGUUCAAAUAUUUUCAAAGUCCAUUGACAUAUGGCUUUGAAACUUUGCACACUUGUUCACCAUCAUGACCCCAACCUGUAAACAGGAGGAGGUAACUCUAUCAAGCAUUUUUUUUACUAUCAAGCACUAAGAAUAGUCGAGCGUUGCUGUCCUUC